AUGUUUUGGCGCUUCGGAGGCUACUCCAACAUCUCAACUAUCGACACCCUACUCGAUAAGCCUAAUGUCAAGCUCGAAGACUUGUUGGAGGAGUCCGACCUCAUCCAGGAACUCAAAUCCCAUCACACCAAACUGAUAGAGUAUUUGCGAGAUGAAGGAAACCUCCAUGCCCUCCUCCAGUACGUUAUAGCGCCUGGUCCUUCGACAGACGUCGAUGAGCCCGGCGAGGGCGAGGACGAGGAAGCAACAGAACCUGCGUUGGGUGAGGAAAAUGAGCAGAAGUUCUCAGACGAGGAACAGGAAAAGGCGGAGAAAAAGCGGUUGAAAUACGCAUACGUGGCUUGCGAAAUCUUGUCCUGCGAGACCUGGUCCAUCACCGAGUCCCUGCUGGCCAAUACAUCGGAUCUCACCCAAUUUUGGGACUUCCUGCGACGCCCAGCUCCUUUGGAUCCCUUGCAGGCCGGCUAUUUCACCAAAGUCAACGAAACCCUGUUUGAGAAGAAGACGGAAGAAAUGGCCGACUUUGUCAAGUCUCUCCCGGGCAUUGUGUCGGCCAUCCUGCAGCACGUGGAUUGUCCGAUGGUGAUGGAUCUGCUGUUAAAGAUCAUCAGCCUGGAAAAAUCCGACGGCGGCGCGGGAAUGGUGGAUUGGCUGCAUGAUCAGGACCUGAUCCCCAUGCUCCUCGCAAGCUUGUCUCCACAAUGCAACUCGUCCACCCAGACCUCUGCGGGCGACUUCCUGAAAGCCAUCAUCACAAUCUCCGCCAACGCUGCUUUGAAUGAGCAAUCGUGCAUCGGCCCCAACAGUCUAACGCGGCAGUUGGUGUCGGAGAAGUGCAUUCGCCAGUUGAUCUCCUACAUGCUUGAAGGGGGGAACCCUCUGACGGUCGGGGUGGGAAUCGUCAUCGAAGUCAUCCGUAAGAACAACUCCGAUUACGAUCCGGACCAUGGCCACAGUCCCGACUCCCCGCCUACGAAUCAUGACCCCAUCUAUCUUGGCACACUCUUGAGACUAUUUGCCGAGCAUGUUCCCGACUUCAUGCACCUGAUUCUCAGCUCGAAACACACUGUCACCAAGGGCGAUACAACGGCCGUGGUGGAAAGAGGCCAGCUCAAGUCUGCAUGGGGAACCCAGAUUGAACCUCUCGGGUUUGACCGGUUCAAAACCUGCGAACUCAUGGCUGAACUGCUCCACUGUAGCAACAUGGGACUGCUGAACGAACGGGGGAGUGAAGAAUUCAUCAAGGAAAGAGACGCGGAAAGAGAACGACUGCGCGCGCAGGGCGCCUUUCUGUCUAAUAAACAGUCGGAAGAUUCUGCCGUGGACAUCUCGGUCACGUCCUCGAGAUUCGAAAAUGCAUUCACUCCGUCGGCGUCGACUUCUACCGACGAGCUCCGGAUCGCCAACUUGAACGACGAGGAUGGAUUCGAAAAGGUUGCAGUCUCUGAAGCCACCGAGGCCUCGACGGGACUGGGGCAAGAACUGGUCGACGAACCGUUAUCUCCUCGCCCCCUUCGAGUGGCCGAGUCGUCUCCGGAACCUACCACCCCGACAGGAACUCUAGAUGACACCGUGCGCCGGUUGAGUCUAGACAUCGCAGAAGACACUGACAUGACUUCGCCCCCCGAUGACCCUGAAACGACGAUACACUCUUCCGUUCCGGGUAGCGAGCCGGGUCGAAUCUCCCCGCACCCUGAAGACAAGCCCGCCCCUUUGUUCGCCGCGUCUCCGGACCCCAACAAGACACCCACGGCCCACAGCCCUGAGCCUGCGGGCAGCCCGGGCGCAACAAGAGAGGGUAUCGAAGAAGCUGGUCAGACCAGCCACCUAGAAGGCGAGUCUCUACAGACUUCCCAGGACAGCACAAUGCAGAUCACCGAACAUGAGCCGUCAACGCUGGAAGAAGCCCCAGUGGUUGGAGACCACCUGAAGAUCAUGUUUGUCGAAAACAAGGUUGUUCCGACUAUUGUGAGCUUCUUCUUUCGGUUCCCUUGGAACAACUUCCUCCACAACGUCGUCUACGAUGUGGUCCAGCAAGUGUUCAACGGCCCGAUGGACAGAGGUUAUAACCGAUUCCUUGCCUUCGAUCUAUUCGAGACGGGUCGGAUUACCGAAGCCAUCAUCGAAGGCCAAAGACGGAGCGACGAGGCUCAACAGGCCAGGAACAUGCGGCUUGGAUACAUGGGGCAUCUGACCCUGGUGGCUGAAGAGGUGGUCAAGUUCGGCGAACGCCACCCUCGAGAGCUGCUCUCGCCCAUGGUGCAAGAGUGCAUCUACUCCCAGGCCUGGGAGGACUACGUCACCAAGACUCUCGCGGAGACGAGAGAAAGAGACAAUGCCAUCCUCGGAGGGUUCAGGCCAGACAAUGGACUCGGCUCGAGACAGGCGGUCCUGAAUGCGGUCAACGCAGGACAGGGCUUCGGCCCUUCGAGCGGAUUGGCGGCCGCCGGCCUAGGUGGAGGCCAACAUGGUCUAGACAGCAUUGAUCUCUCGAACAAUGGCAGUGCCACUAGUGCCGGGUACAAUUCAGCUGGUUCGCUUUCAAGCGGCUUUGGCAGUUCCUCAGACGAUGAAGACGAGGACAUGGACGAUGCUGAAGAUGAGGAGCAUGGAAGGACAGUAUCUCAACCCCCAGCGGCUGAUACCGGGGUUUCAUCGGAGAUUGUCGCGAAGCAGUCUGACCAACCCGUGCCACUGUUGCCUCCCCCUCCAGCACCGCUUAACGUCGAGCCGUCACGUGCCCGCCGGCGGUUGGCUGACCGCUUAGCGAGGCACAAACAAGAGGCCGAGCGAGAGGUUGCUGCAUCCGAGUUCGGAUCCGAGGCGGACGAUCCAUUCGCGGCCCUGGACAACAACGACGAACAGGAUUCGGGCGAUCCGUUUUCGCUGGACGAAGAAGAACAAGACAUCACCACGUUCGGGAAGCGGAGCAAUGCAGAUGCAUUCCACCAGAGCUCCGGAGAUCACCACAGCUUUUCGGUCAGUCGUGGACUGACCAGCUUAUUCUCCAGUACCAGUGAUGGCAUGCACGGCCGGCCUACGCAAGACGACUUUGACGGAUCCCUGGACGAUUCGUCCUCUGAAGGAUCCGGAUCGGACCUCGACCCUGAGAACCCGCCCCUGGAAGCCCGCACCAGUCUGGAACGGCGGCCCCUGGAAGUCUUUGAAGACGAAGAGAUGGGAGAGAUGGUUGCACCGACGCAGGAAGAUGAAAGUAACAGCUCGGAUGAAGAGGUCCUCAGCCCCAUGGAGAAGGAGAAGUUGGGCGGCGCCUUUGGCAUGGGAGACGUCGAGGAGCAGGCCUCGGAGUUCGCGGGUCAAGCUGACCAUGAUGACGACGACGACGACGACGACUCGGACCAGCUUGUCGAGAUUGCGAUGCCUACCAGUUCGAAGCGAAGGUCGAGAGGUUGA